UGUUGAGGAGGACCAUCCUGCUGCUGGGCACCGUCUCCGUGACCUUCGUCGUCCUCAGCCUGCCCCGCUUUGUCACAUACUGCAUCCUGAGGACCCAGUACAACAACGAGAACUUCAACAGGAACGACUACCGCAUCCCGAUCAAUGUGGCCGGAGACCUGUCCAACAUGCUGCAGAACCUCAACUCCACCACCAACUUCCUGCUCUACUGCAUGGUCAGCAGACGCUUCCGGCAGGAGCUGGUUCAGGUUGCUACUUGUAAGGCGAAGGCACGUGAGCUGGGCUCCAUCCUCACCCACACCACCAUGAAGGUUUUCUCAGUGGUAGAUCAUAAGGCCUCGCCGCCCAGUGACCCCGUGACUGUGGUGCUGACCAAUCUAAAACUGACAGAGUAUAAAGGACCUGGAAGAAUGGACAGAGAUCAGACUUUCAAAAUAGUUAUCCUUUGAGCAUAAACGUUCAUUCUUGACCUUCGAAAUUGUAGUUUGACAAAGUAACCUUAACUAAAGGCCCGCUUACUAUCUUUUUUCAGGGCUUUCAACCACAUUAUAUAGUCCUCAACGGAGGUCACGUGAUGGCAACCAAGCCAUCCCCACAUAGGCAGUGAACACGCAAGUAAGUGGACCUAGAGUUAAGGGAGCACACCUGAAACUUCAGCCACAGCUGAUUUCAAUAAGCCUGUUGGGCUGAACCAAGUGCCAGGGAAGAGAGAGGGGAGUGAGGUAGAGGAGUUUAUUUGUUAAGUCGGCUUUCAUUCGGUAUUUAUUCCAUUUAUCAUGCAUAUUAUUUAAUCUGUAUUAUGUAAUAUUCAUUUGUAUGUUGUAUAUGUAAAUAUUAAGGAUAUAUUGUACAUUAAAUUAAAUUGAUGGUGGGAGUGGGUAUGUGCCUUUCAUUGUUGGUAUGGACCACAGGCCAGGUGGGAACAGCAGUGGUGUGUGUGUGAGAGAGAGGGGGAAUCAGGUUGAGUGUCACCUCAAACCUGGAAUCUGAUACACAUGUUACCCAGUUUUGUUGUCCAUCUGCCUGCUACCCACUGGUGAGAGUUGUGUGAUUUUUGUAACUUGUCUAUAGUCACAAGUGAAAACCUGAGCUAUGGAAAAAUCCCUGCUGGUCUGUUGCUGCUCACUUUUCCACCACGCACGCUGUACACCUCAAUCCUGCUGCUUUUAGUCCUGGUUUAUUCAUGGUUCCCAGACAAUAUACAGCACUUAAAGGACACAGAAUACCUGCUUUACUGAAGAAACAACCAGGCCGUUGCAGUCUCCUGCCUUAUUUGCAUAAAUGGGUCACGAGGCUUCCCUGCUUUACAUAGUGGGAAUAUUUCCUGUUUGCCUCAGAACAGGUUUGUGCUGUGGCUGAGGAAUUAGCAGAUCUGAGAAAAGAGAGGCAACAGACACCUUUUCUCCGAGACAAAAUGGACUCUUUUAAAGGACCGUGCCCUCAUCGGAGUGUUCCCGUCGAGGUAGAUGAGAGCAUGACGUCCUCCAGUCUGGACUUGGCCUGGCCUCCCUCUUGCAAACAGUGCAGUGGACAUACGGAGACCAGCAGAACGCCACAGGAGCACAGCUACGAGCCAGCUGGGGGGGCGGCGAACAAUGUGGACCAGUGGAGCCUCCCCGAGAGCACCCAGCACCAGCGUGAACCCAGAGCGGCCUGUCAUCCUACCCCCGAACCUCGUUUCAUGCCCGCUAUGCCCUCGGGACUCAUGAAACCCCUCCACCCUGCAGAUGUUUGGCCUCAUGGUUUCAGAGAGCAGGUGCCGCUGUAUGAACAGGACCUCAUGGAUAACCACAGUAGAGGCUUCGCGGGCCCUUCGGACUGGCCCCAGGAACACUCUGUGGAGGAGGCAGAACACUUGGAACCCCCCCUCUCACUCAAGUCUGAAAGCUGUACCCACUAUGGCCCAUCGCAAUACCCUGCAGCACGUAUGCCCGCAGGCCCCAAUAUAAUGCAGGGGAGUCGUCUCAGACAGUGUGCGUGCUGCCCUCCAGCAAAUCUGCCCCGUCACCAUAAUAACUAUUAUCCUUAUAAGCGUGAUUACCCAGCGGAUCCAUGCGAGGAGCCUCAACGCCACCAACAGUCGUGGAAUCCCCCCCAUAAUAGGCUGCAACUUAAAGAUGCUCCCCAUGGAUCUGUGCCUCACUGUGUGGCCCCUCCUAGAGAUGUGAUGCAUGAGGUCAGCGUGGAUCGCUCAUUCCAGGCUGGUCCAGGGCCAGCCACAAGGGAGAUCAGGAGGACCAUCAGCUUAUCUGAGGAGUAUAGGAGCGUUUUCAUCACAUAUUCACUGGACACAGCCAGAGAAAUCCUUCCUUUCACCAAAUUUCUGACCGAUCAGGGGUUCAAGCCAGCAAUUGACAUCUUUGAUAAUCCACUCCGAAGAAUGGGCAUCACCAAAUGGAUGGACAGCUUCUUGAAUAAUAAGUCGGUGCUCAUCAUCGUGGUCAUCAGCCCCAAGUACAAGGAGGACGUGGAGGGAGACGGAGACGACGACCACGGCCUGCACACCAAGUACAUCCACAACCAGAUCCAAAAUGAGUUCAUCCAACAAGGCUGCCGCAACUUCAGACUGAUACCUGUGUUGUUUCCUAAUGCAACCAAGAGACAUGUCCCCACCUGGCUCCUGAGCACCAGGAUCUACCAAUGGCCCCGGGACAUGCAGGACCUGCUGCUGCGCCUGCUCAGGGAGGAGCGCUACAUCAUCCCCCAGCGGGGGGGCGACCUCACCCUCACGGUCCGGCCCCUCUGAGAACAACUGACGUGGACAGACGAGAAAAGAAAAAGUUGAUUUUGUCAAAGCGUCAGCAUGCUGUAGGUAUGACUUUGUUUCACAUGAUGAGGACUGUUAAUGCUGCAGCACAUCUGCUGUAAAGAGUUUUCCUUUUGUUGCUUGUUUUCUGAUGCAGCUAUGCUGUUUGUUCUGUUGAUUUUAGGGCAAAUAAAAUAGUUAAUCGCAAUUAAUCACAAAUUAAUCACACAUCUUUUAUCUGUUUAUCAAAAUGUACCAUAAAGGGA